AUGGCCAUGAGUCUCACAAUCCUUCGACAAAAAGACAGCGGACUGAAUAUGAUCCUGGAGAAGCCGAGCCACGAUCUUCUACUGAAUGGGCAUUCUCGGACCUGGCAUGACGCUCUCACAUUGCUUGCAAGAGUCUGCGAUGAAAAUGGGACGCAGAUCAGUACAGCAGAAGAGCAGUCACUGUCUCCCGAAGAACAUGCAAACAUGAGACAGGCUAGACCUGCUCCUUUCCCCCUCAUUGACAACGCUGUUUCACAGGACACCAAAGCUGCUUUGCGAGCCUGGUCGACACUUCGCUUUGUGCGUGGCGGGCUGUUUACGGCUGAAGAAGCCAUGGAUAUGGUUGACCAUUUCUACACUUACCAAGCACCGUUUUCUCCAGCUGCUCCGGAGUAUUAUGCGCAUCAUAGCAGGCAUCACCUUCUCAUUGAGGAAGAGCCAAUCUUGACCAUAACGAUAUUAAUGAUCGGGUCUCGAUACCGAAAAUGGACUGGACCAGCAGCGGCCUCGAGAUCUUGUGUUGUUCACGACCGACUCUGGAGAUACCUUCAGGGGAUGAUUUCACGUCUCUUUUGGUUCGAAGACAACUUUGUCGGAGAGUUUACCUCACUGAGUGAUCCUUCGAGUAGCAUGCAAAAGAGAGGUCAAGAGUCCGUGCGCUCCAUUCGGUUUCGUACUUUGGGGACUUGCGAAGCUCUCCUGCUGGUUCUGGAUUGGCAUCCCAGGGCCCUCCACUUCCCGCCGAUUGAUGAUGAUACGACGUCGAUUGUGAUUACUGAAACACCAAGCACCCGAAAUCCCAGCAAAUCGAGUGGCGAGUACGAGACGGGGGCAGGUCAUCUUUGGCUGGCUCGAUCUGGCCAUUUAUGCCGCUCGAUGCUCUCCACCGUUUCGAUGCUUGCAACUGAACUCGGAUUCUUCGAUGGGAAAGAAGGACCCUCGACAUACUAUUCUGAGUACCGCGAUGACUUAUACCGAGCUCCGUCAACUCGUCAGCGGGCGCAAUCCCUGCAGUAUUUGAUCUGGAUAUAUGCGACACAGCAGCAAACAGGACCGCCAAGCUGGAGAAUCAGCACUCCAACACCUUCUGCGCUUCGUAUCGAAUCUCACCUGGAUAAUGCGACCGAGUGCUGGGUUCGUGUGGCGACGCUUGUUAAAAGAGCCGAUGAAGCACUGUUUAGGUCUCAACGUUAUACCCAGAAGAUCAUAAGAAAUGGCCAGUAUAUCUCAAUCAUGCAGUCAUUCCAACCGCUGCUACAAGAGUUCAUUAUCAAAUUCAAUCAUGCAAAAUUAUCCAGACAAAUGCGGCUCAUCUUGUCCAUCGAGUUCAACUACAUCCAGCUGUGCAUCUUCAGCCUGAGCCUGCAAGCUAUGAUGCUGCGAAGAUGUCAAACAGUGGCCACUGAAGCUGACAACGGCAGCUUCCAGGCUUCCAGCUCAGAUGAAGAGAAUCUGAGUCGAACAGCAAGAGCAGCUCGGAGUAUCGUCUCCGUUGUGGUUGAUGACCUUCUCCCUGAUGGUGAUGUAAAGCACAUACCCGUCCGCUCGUACUCGAGAAUUCUAGGAGCAGCUCUAGUGCUCCUACAGCUGUGUGCAUCAGAAAUGAAGCACGUUCUCGAUAUCGCUGCGACUUUCAGCCAGAUCAAGCAACUCGCAGGCGCUCUUGAGACCUGCGUGGUUGACGAUACACACCUCAGCACUCGAUGGGGUGUCCUUCUAGCUAAGUUAACAGACAGCUUUCAGUCGCGACUUUCUCAACAACAGGCUAGAGUAUCUAACUCUGAGAGGGGCGAGUUGAAUGGAAAUCAAACGGGAACCUCAGAAGUGCCUGAGGUUCCUGAGGUGUCCAUUCGACCACCGAGCAUGAGUCGCCGCACACAGCAUCAAAAUCAUCCGGAUCCUGCUUUCAAUCUUCGUACCAAUGCGAAUGGAUUCGGCGCCACAUUACAAGCACCCAAUUUCGACGUAUACUCGAUGUGGUGGGAUAUCACGCGUCCUGUUGAUGCUAUGACAUCGGAUCAGAACAUGCGAUACAUUCCAAUGACUUCGGUGGAAACCGACAUGUCUCUACAGGACGUAACUUUGGGCAACGGGCAUGAUACCUCAUUCACACUCAUGAUUGAAGCCAUGGAGAGGUCCACCAGGACCGAUGUGAAAUUAUUCGAUCAACCUAUGGUUCUCCGAACCGCGGAUUGCCGAGGACUUCACCGUGGCUCCCUCCGGCUACUGUUGCUGCAAGACGCCACUAUGGCUCAAAUGAGACGGCUUCAUAUCUGCGCACGCAAACACCUCACAAAUUGGGCUUUUACCAGACCAUACUCCAGCGUAAUGGCUGGCGAGAUGCUUCGGGUCAAGCACAAGGCGAUGAUUAAUGUCGACCUGGGAGAGGGAUAUGGAAAUUGGGCUUGUGGACCGAAUCCAGAGACAUUACUCCCCCUAGUUGAUCACGCCAACAUCGCCUGUGGCUUCCAUGCCUCAGAUCCGCUCAUAAUGCUGGAGACCGUGCGAAAAUGCAAAGAAUACGGCGUCAAGGUCGGUGCCCAUCCUGGAUUUCCUGACCUUCAAGGUUUCGGUCGACGGGAAAUGAAGUUAUCCUCUGAAGAACUCACCGCGAUCACGAUAUAUCAAAUAGGGUCACUGAAGGGGUUCCUUGACCGAGAAGGCGUGCCACUCAACCAUGUCAAGCCGCACGGCAUGCUCUAUGGGGUCUGCUGUCGAGAUUACGAAGCGGCGAGGGCUGUCUUCAGAGGCAUCCCCAAGGGUGUCCCUGUCUUUGGACUGGCGGGGACAUGCAUGGAACAAGCCGCGCGAGACAUGGGAAUCGAGUUCAUCGCCGAGCUUUUCGCGGAUGUCAAGUAUAAUGAAGAUGGCACUUUGGUCAUUGAUCGACAGAAACAGUACGUUGUAUCGCUCUACAAGCUUGGGACAGUCGUAGCCCCAUCUGUCAAUGAAAUCAUUUAUACUGACUGA